AUCGGAAAGGGAAGCUGCAAUAUGGAGGUUGUUGAGGCUUGUUCAAAGAGAAAAGACUCGUGUACCAAUACAAUGGCGUGUCCAUGCAAGGCAAAAUACAAAAGAUACGUGCAGCCUCCACGUGCAAAGUCCUUUGCACCGGAGCGAGUAUACAAGGUGCCGUCGAAGCAGCUCGAUGACAAGACGACGUAUCACUUGUCUUAUCUAAAUGUGGAUCGCGCAGCGGCGCGUUGUGCGCGCCUACAACCAAUUCGGCCCGUUCACAGCUUUCAGAAAAGUACCGGCAAGUUUUUCGACGAAACAACAAACAAACUAUCCUACAGACCUGUAUGGCAGAUCAUCAAAGCAGAGCCUAUCUUGCCGAAACGUAGACCACUGACGAGUACAGGCACGAUGGAAACUGUAACGACGGUGCGCCAAGAUUACGUGGCGAAACGCGUGGAGAGGCCAGAGAUGAUUAUACCCUGCGGAAAUAUUCGCACAAGUUCGGCUCCGUUGGACGACAGAACGCUGGCAAGACUGUCCUACGUUUCUCCAGGGCCCAUUGAACCUGUAAUCAGUUUCAAACCGAUAUUAAAGUACCGUCCAUCGAGCCAGCCGCUUUCCAAAGAGACAACGCAAAACCUGAGUUACCAGCCCUUUGUCAUCGUUAAAAGAGAAUUUUAUCCUUGGGCGCAGAAACCAACGUACAAGCCUCCGGACAUCACAAUGUACGGCAAGACGACUUAUUCCGAGAGCUAUAUAGAGAACGAUGCAGUCUCCGUGGCGAAGCCCUUCGUUCCCGUCGCGACUUAUGUAUUUCCUUACGGCGCGGAAUUUGCGGAUAAAACCAUCUACAAGGAGAGCUAUCUACCGGGUAGCGCGGAGCGCAUGAUGCCGUUUGUUCCCGGCGGAAGUAUCUCUAUUCCCGACGCGAGAAUGUCCAGCGAUACGACUAGCAAGUUGAGUUAUCAACGGGUCUCGACCGAAAAGCGAAAGCCGUUUAUGCCGCGCACCAAGACCAUGCUGGCGACCGCUAAAAUGCAAUCGGAAACGACGACCCGUUGCGAAUACGUAGCAAAAACGACGUUGCGUCCGGACCUUAUCGUCCCCUCUGAUAACAUCCGCGCAGUCGACGUACCGCUGGAGGGAGACACAACUACCGGAUUAUCUUACGUAAAACCCGACGUGAUAAAACCUGUUCGCAGCUGCAAGCCCGUUAUGCAAUAUUACAGGCCGGACAUUAAGAUCGACUUCGAGACGAUAAAUAAAUUAUCGUACCAAACGUGGACGCCGAAAACAAAAGAAGAACUUCCGUGGGCUCAAAAGGGCAAAUAUCAAGCUCCAGAGUAUCCGAUGGUCGGCGACACGGUUUAUCACAUGAGCUAUCCCAUGCCUGGUCAUUAUGUCGAGGACGAAUCGUGCGUGACGUGUCCUUGCCCAAUCGACAAACAGGAUAAUGUUUCGUCUGCUGCGACAACUGCGUCUUAAAUGCUCUGGGAUUAAAUAGCGUCCGCUGUACGCUGAAGAUAAAUUGCACUUUACUUUCAUCAUUUAAAACUCGCAGUAGCCAACGUUCCCCAUUUUCUGGGACAAAAACCUUACGGAUAAAAUUAUCUUAGAGUAAAAAAAGCAAUAGCGUUCUUGAAAUUUGUCAAUAUUUAUUUCGUGUAUACUAAAGUUUCCCUUUGAGGAGGCUAAUAAUAUAUUGCCAGUAGAAGACUGUAUCAAUAAAUAAAGACGUAGAGACGAUUGCGUCAACUAUAUUUAUUAAUUCAUUCUUCCGCAAUUCAAUCAUGGCUAAAUUAAUAACAUAGAUAUAACAUUGAGAACGUCUUGAAUUUACAUCUUGCUCCUCGGGAUUUCGGAUAUGGAAAUAUACAUCGAGCAAGUCGUGUGAAAUCUAUUCUAAAUAUAGCUGAAGCAAUAAACAGCCGGGCUGCUGGAUAGCUUUAUGGGUAACCGCCUAUCAAGGGGAAGAUCCGCGAGUUCUACUUCCCUGUGCUUUGCCAUUCUACUCGUGAUGUGACAGAUUUCGAUGGAAAAAUAUUAUUCUGUUGUACCGGUGACGCGGAAGCUUAAAUCACGUGUUAUAUAUCGCAAAGCCACGGUACUUUACCCGAAUAGGGAUCAGUUAAAUUACGAUCGGUUAAAGUAGAAAGAAAAAGAAUGAACAGAACCACUGUAUUUGUUCUACAAUGUACUUUAUUUCGCGUUUAAACAUGCGUGUUACGUUAUAUUGUAAAACAUACAGGGGAGGGAAUAGGGCACCAUAGUAAUUACCUACAAUAACUUGUAAGUUAUUAUAGCUAGUUUAAGUUAAAAAAGUAAGGAGAUUUUAUGUUAACUCUAUGAAAAUUAGUCUCCUUACUUUUCCCCUUAUCUCUCUCUCUCUCUCUGUCUCUCUAUCUUAUACCUCUAAAAAUAUUCCUUAAUUCUAAACAUAAUUCUAAGGUUGCUAUUAAGAUUUCAAUCUAAAUUUUCGCAAAGACACCCUAAAUUAUUUUUCAGAAACAAACUCUCUCUCUCUCUCUCUCUCUCUCUCUCUCUCUCUCUCUCUCUCUUUCUCGACAAAAUACUACAUAGGUUAAAGAAACUUAAGAUAUCACUGAAAUAAAAAAACUUAAAAAUUAAUUAAAACCUUUUUUCCUUUCACAUCGACGAGAUCUUUGCAGAACUUGCCGAAAAAUUACAGAAUGCAAAAUUUUAAAAUGCGCAAGGCACUUACUUCAGGUUACAUCACACAAUGCACUUUUAAAUCUACAUAACACGCGCUAUCAUUCCUUUUAACUUUACCUUCCCGUGUAAUUAAACAAAAUGCGUCGAAACUAAAUAUUAAAUCGAUUUCCCAUUUUUCAUGGCUGCUCUACGUCCAAAAUCCAAAAUGCAUGCAAUGGCAAUUUGACUAGGUGUUCGCGGAAAUGAUCGUCUACGCAUUAUUGAAUUUAUGAGCGCACGCUCGAAAAAUCUCUUAUAUGAUCAUCAUCUAACAACCCUAAACAGUUGAAUUAAGCAAGUGAUAUUGCAAGAAGUGGUUUUUCUCCUUAUAAUUCUCCAAAAGAUGAAAACCAAUUUGUUACCAUGGUAUCGUAACUACGCAAAUUAUAAAAAAAAGGAGAAGAAAAGACAUAACACGUGAUUUACAUUAUUUCGUUAAAAUAUUCUCU